CUUCGUGUUAAAGUCGCCGACUUUGGCCUGUGCCGUGAUAUCUAUGAGAAGGGCUACUACACAAGUGACAACAAGAAGAAACUACCCAUUCGGUGGAUGGCGUUAGAGAGUAUUGAGCACGGAGCCUACAGCACCAAGUCGGAUGUCGUGAGUUUGAUUUACGAUUUGAUUCCAAUUUGGAUUGAGUAAUGUAAACCCAAUGUUAGUUGUAUGUUGUACUUAGGUUAACAAAUUGGAAUGUAUCAAAUUAUAGUUUUUUAAAUUCAUCCUUUCCUUGUCUUUAUAGUUAAUGGCAUUUUCAAUGGGACAUUUUAGCAGUGUUAUUAACUAUAACUCACUCGUGAAGAAAGGGGUUCUAUCUAUAUUUAAAAUGCAGUUGCAAAUGUAAAAUGUAUUUAUUCACUCUUUGAAAUUGAUAUUAUGAGUUUCAAUACAUAACGAUAUGAUAGAGAAAUCAUGUUAAAUAUCAAAUACCUCAUGAAUAAAGUAUCAUGCUUUUGUUUUAGUAUGAUAAAUAUUCCUUGUGUUGAUAUUUAAUACACUAAAUAUAGAUUGGCAUUCUAAUAAUCCAGUGGUCCCUUGGUGUGGUGCUGUGGGAACUGCUGACCAGAGGCGUUGUACCCUACCCCGGAGUGGAUGGCUGGGACAUUAUCAACUUCUUACGUCAUCGACGUCUUGCCCCCCCACACUUCUGCCCUGAUGCGCUGUAAGUAACAGGUUGUAUAUAGGAGUCAGUUUUAUACACGUGUCGGUUAAAUACAUGGGUCGGGUGUAUACAAAUAUACAGAGUCAGCUCAUACUGGGGUCAUUUUUAUACAUGGGUCAUUUAAAUAUUUAACUGUCAUAUGGAUCAGGUGUAUACAGGGUCAGUUAUAGCCAUGGGUUACUUAAAUACGUGGGUCAGAUAAAUAAAUGGGUAUAAAAAAGUAUAUACAGUGGUCAGUUUUUUUACAGUCUCGUGAUGCUCUGCUAGAGGAGACUUGUAAUAAGGGUCAGUUAUAUACAAGGGUCAGUUAUACACAAUGAUCAGUUAUAUAUAAGGGACAGUUUUAGAUCUAUGAACACUUACGUAUUGAUGAAAACCGGAAUGGCGUUUUAUAGUCUUUCAUAGCACAUAUUCUUGAACCAUUUUGAGACGUCAUGCUCCGUCUUAACUGAUGCAAGUAAAAAAAUUCUAGACAGAGAUGUAUUGCGGGUGGCAUCUCAGAAGCUUAUAAUGAGUGUACAACAUGGAAAUCGUUUACAAAAGUUAAAUCUACCAUGGACUGAAGUUGUUACGUGUGUAACAAAUUGUGACUUUGCUUCAUUGUUACACUCAUAAAAUGCACUCACUGAUUUACUGGAGUAUAGUUUGACUAAUCAUUGAUUCAGAGCUAAAUUCCAAAAUUUGCAAAUCUCCUUUUCCCCACUCACAACUACUCUAUAAUAAAGUAGGUAAUAAUAAAUAAUAAAAGAACCCCUAUGACAGUAAGACCCUACCAAUACGAAAUCACCCUUUAUACACGCCACUGAACUAUGUCAUAAUUCUAAUCUAAUUUUCAACAAUCCUCAUAGCAUGCAACCUACUGUAAUUUAUUAAAGUGAUACAACACGCGUGUCGGUAUAAUUAAAGAACGAAGUGGCUAUUCGGACCCGGGUCCGAGGAGUUAGAGGUUGGGAUUAAAAUUUUAAACAAAUAUACUAUUGUUCGGUUGCAAGACAAAAUUUGGUAUCAAAUGAAAGAUAAUUGAAUGGACCAUACGUUUGUAGACUUAACUCUUCAUUGUAACUAAAAUAAACGAUCAGAAAUGACAUCCGAAUAGCAUUAAGUCUAAAGAGAUCCGGGCCCAUAUAGCGGCGAUGCCGUUUCGGUUCCAUGUAGAAGCGAUACACAUAUAGUUUCAAAAAAAACACUAUUGCAUGGGUGGAUGGAAUUGAAUAAAAUACAAGCGACAUUUCAGUUUGUGUGACACAAUAAUCAGGUUUCUGAAUUAGUACAACCGUUUUAAAAUUUGGCGUUUGGGGCCUGGGGCCUUAUUUUAAAAUUAUUUUUUUAUAAGCGCGAUAUAAAUAUAAUUUCAAAAGGAGCUGCUACAUUGGCGGAUCACAGUACACAAGGUUCUGGACUAAAUUUAUCAAAUCCAUGGUUCUCACGUGGACAGCUGUACGUGGCCUAUUGACGCGUCGAAAAAACUUCUAUUUUUUGUGUACGCACCAGAUAGAAAAAUUACUUUUAAAAAACGUAUUUAAAACACAAACACUUUUUUUUCUUUGAGUGGCGUUGCAACGCAUGCCGGGUUUUCACUAGUUUUAAAAAUAAGAUUUUGUUCACUCUGCAACCCCUUUACAAUUUUUAUUUUAUUUCUGCUUUUGGGAUAAGUAGUUGUGACUGGCCUUUCCAGGAAUCAUCUGUAUGUCAGGAGAAAUGAGCAUGCCAAAGUGUCACGCAGAGCUUUAUAUAGCAGAAAGGCCGCCAAACAACGGAGGACGGAAAUGCGUGAACUUUCCUCCUACUGAAGUUACUUUUACAAAGCAUGCAUUCACGUAACGCACUUUAUAACAAUCCCACUUAGUGUCCUCGGCCCCCCACCCCCCUCCCCCAGGUACGCCACAACACACUUUUAUUUUCAAGCCCCUGAAUUAUAUAAAUAGUCAAAUGUCCCGUUCCCCUUUUCAACGCAGCAGAUUUCUUACAACAUAUUUAAAUUGAGGAUAUUUCCGUGAAUGAAAAGAAAAUAUGACACACCAAACGCACGUCUGGUAUUGUUCAUUAGACCGAAACAAUUUGUGUAAAUAAAACAAUGUUAUGUUAAGCUUUAAUAAAGAUUAUACAAAAUACAAGUGUAAACGUUUCGGCUAAUGCCUUCUUUAUUACAAAAAAAAAAUAUUAAUAUAAGAAUAAAUUAAACGUACACAAUAUAUAAAUACAUUAUAUGCAAUUCUUUAGAACCUUUACAUUAGAAGCAUAAUGUGUUUUCUUGAAAAUAUCGAAACCUAAAAACUGUACAAUUCAUUGAUAAAGCAAUAAGUAAAAGACUAUAUAUGUACAAUUCUUGGAUAAAGUAGUUAGUAAAAGACCUCAUAUAUACAAUUAUUUAUUAAAGUAGCUAGUAAAAGACUAGAAGGUACAAUUCUUGGAUUAAGUAGUUUCUUAAAGUUUUUUCGGAUAUGAUUUUCAGUUUAUUUAUAUGACUUUAUUCAAAGAAAUUAGUUACUAUUAAAAGAAUAUUUAAUUAGUUUUUAAUGGAACCGAAUAUUAGCUCAAAAAUAUUAUAAAAAAUAAAUUACAAUAAGACCAAACUUUAUAUCAAUGCUAAAUAUUCUAGUAUUAAAAAUGACAAAAGUCAAUAACAAAUUAAUAUUGAGUAGCUUUCGGAAUUAAAUUUAAUAAACUAAUCAUAAGAGGGGUUGUUACAGAAGAACUCUUCACUCGACAUUUUUAUCAUUUCAAAAUACAAGGAUUCAUUUUGGCACAUACCGGAAAUUAGUUUUGCAACAAAAUUGUAAAAGAAAAAUGACUUUUUAAACAAAUGUUACUCAAUAGUAAUGUCACUUUAUAAUAAUUUUUAAAACUUCUAGGAACUAUUAAUCUAUUUUAUUUGUUAAAACGUCUCCAUUAGUAAGUGGAUUUUUUCGUAAAGGUGCUGAUGCAACGCACCAGCUUACCGUCACAAAAUAAAGCAUUUAAUUUUUAAACUGCUGUCUGGUUGUGUCGAGUGGGCUGUGACUGAAUUAUAUUAGGAUCGGGGCCGAAUGGCUCAAAAAGCAGUUAUUUGAUUCUGGCAUUUUUAAUUUUUUUUUAAUUUUAUAAAGUAAUUGCAAGCAUGGACAAGCUAAUUGGUUUUCCUUUUUUUUAUUUUUAUUCUUUGUAUAAUCUUCUUACUACGUGUUAAAUCAUUUUAGCAAACGGGGCUCAAGUGGCCCCAGUCUUGGAGUGCUACAAUCAAUAUCUAUGGACAUUAUAAAUAGACAGCUAUGUGUACCUAGUGGACUUUACCCAGUGCCUCAUACGCCUUGACCCGACCAUGCAUUGUGCAAAGGAAAACCUAGUUUGCAAACAUAUUAUAAUUUUCAAAGUCAUAAUCACAAUGGUGGAUUUAGUAGAAGAUCAUAUGAAACAAUGUUUUGUGGUAAAAGAUCUCAAGGAACGGCAUAAAAAUCAUUGAAAUUAUAUAAGAAUACUAUACAGAUUUAUUAACUUAAAAAUAAUAAUAAACUGUUUUUACAAUUGUAUUAAUAAAAUCACAAGGGCUAGAUUUAAAGUUAAAUUUUUUGAAAGGCUGCUUCCCAUGUGUCCUACUCUUUUCGUUUCAAUAUAGGUCUAUUCCAGUAGUAACAUACUUAGUUCUGCACUGAGCUUGUUAUUUUAAGUCAUUGCCGUGUCAUCAACAGAAAACAUCUCUCAAAUUUCGCCCUUUGGUGUCUACCCCUUAUUUUUAAAGUUUUUUUUUUCAACUUCGCUAAUUUUUUUAAACCCAACAUUUCCAUUUAACUGGUUCAGAAUAAAAACUAAGGAAAUAGUAUAGAAUUGAUCCAAUACUAGUUUCAAUAUUUAAUAAUGAUUAGUAAUUGAUAGUAAAAUAAAAAGUAUGAUGUGCAUCAUUUGCGUCCAACGGCAUGGCCCAUCGCUAUUUUGGAGGGAAAAGUGCCGGCAGGGCUGACAGCCCACCAUCCUUCCUACGCCUCUGAAUUUAGGAGUUAGAUGAAAUCAUUUGGAAUAAGAAAAAUUUAGCACUAAGGGAAAUUUGAUUAAAAAUUUAGAGUUAAAAAUAUCGUAGAAACACUUGUAAAUUGAUCAAAGUAAAAAACAAAAAAACUUUAUAAUCAUAUAUUUUUUACACAAUUUUCUUCUGUUAAGUGGAAGUCUUUUGCUGGUGCUCUCUCAGUUAAUGUUUGUGAUCAUAUGGACAACGUUGUGUUCUUUAGGUUACAACUUCACGACCCUUCUUCUUUUUACAGUUACAGCCUCAUGAUGCUCUGCUGGGCCAAAGACCCGAACAAGAGACCGAGCUUUAAAACGCUUCAAAUGGAACUGUUGCUUUUGAUUGGACAGAGCCCCCAGGACACGCCAGUGGCCGAUUCGAAACGUGAAUCAGCGGUCAAUCUUUACGUCAAGAUGCCAUCUGACAGACUUGAUCCAACAGAAGAUUUUAGAUCGAGCAAAGCCAUCGCGGACGUCAAGGCUGAAGACAAAGACUCAAGUUCAGAAAACUUGGAAGAAGAUGUUAAAACCAGAGAGCCGGUCUUGGAAAAGAAAACUUCCAAUGUUGUCAAACCAAUCCCGAAGAUAAGAGUAACAAUAGCCGGACUUAAAAAGAAUCCCUUGCCGGAAGGCUCGGAACAACCUGCCUCUUCCGAUACGAAUAAAACCCACAGUGGCGGGCAAGACAGGUCAACGAAAACUUUCUCUGAUAUUCUGUCAGUGCCGACAAUGAACGUGGUCAAUAACGUCAUGAUUACCAUACCAGCGUGCUACAACCACAGAGAAGUCAGCAAGAAUUCUGCUGGCGUGUACAUACAGCUGGUCGACAACUACGAGCCACCGCCAAAAUUCUUCAGUCCAUUUCAUAAGGCUUCUAAACGCACCAGCAAGAAAGCAGUAGAUAAGAGAACUGCCGGACAUGCUUCACACACGACUGGGUCGGAUACACACAUAGAUAAAUCUCAAGAGGAUUUACAUGAAUUCGUCAAAAUGGGCAAAGAUGGCGCUUAUUACGAGCUAGAGUCCAAGGCGCAGAGGCUGAGUGCUAUCUCCGACACUGGCAGCAUGUCGUCUGCCACGAUGCACACAGCCAGCUCGUUUGGGAGUCUGAUGGACAAUGCCAGUCCGGUGUCCUCAAACCGUGCGAGUAGCGGUGGCUCAAAUUUAUCCUUGACCCAUGGGCAGACAUCACGCGUCAUGAGUCAGAACAUGCAGGUGACGUACAAGAGGUCUCCCUUGGCCGAUAAUUCCCUCAGUGCGAGCUGUGACCUUAACCUCAGUUUAAAUCAUAAAGAAAAUCCUCCUUAAAAAACGAAGUGAUUUUUUCAUGAAAGUAUUCGUUUUAGAGACUAGGCUGGAAGUAUUUGUUUUAGAGACUAAGCUCCUGAAAGUAUUUGUGUUAGAGACUAAGCUCCUGAAAGUAUUUGUUUUAGAGACUGGGCUCCUGAAAGUAUUUGUUUUAGAGACUAAGCUCCUGGAAGUAUUUGUUUUAGAGACUAAGCUCCUGAAAGUAUUUGUUUUAGAGACUGGGCUCCUGAAAGUAUUUGCUUUAGAGACUAAGCUCCUG